GAGUUCCUCGCGGAAGUGACGGCAAAGCGGUGAUGGCGGCUCGCAGUUUCAUUCCGGAUUUCCACUGGACUACAAACUGAUUUUAACCGGACCCGGUUCGGCUUUGGGGAACUUUUGCUACACUGCCUCUCUUCGGACGCCACACAGACUGAAGUCGCCUUAAACCGGUGCUUGUCAACGAGCGGCCCCACAGUUUUUGGGGGUAUUUUUGUCCAAGGUUCAAGGUGGUCACCCUGUCGAGCUAACGGUAGCUUGGUGGCUACUAGCUAACGGCAGUUAGUACACCUACAGCUAGCUUGUCAACGAGCUGCGUGCUAAGGUCCAUACAGCAGCAGUCGUCGAGCAGUGGCUUUUUUGACCACAUUCACGUUUGUCUGUCACUGUUACGAUGCGAAUGCAUUAAUUUUAAUGCUAAUUGUGCCACAAGUGUGCAGAGCGAGGUACUCACACGGUUGCUUGGCCUCUUGUUAAUUUGAAUUCCUAGUUUGGCGGCUGUUGCUAAAGACGGAAUUUGAGUCUGUAGCAAGCGAGUCUCCUCAGUAAUUACCCCUGCAACUUGCGUCAAAGGGGUGCUAUCAACAGAGAAUUGAAGUUGAGUUGCUGUGGGGUCUUUGCGUGCUCGUCAACAUGCUGAAGACCCGGCAGUGUUUACUUGGCAUUCGCACUUUUCUCGGCGUAACGUCCAGAAUAUGGGGCUUCAUCAUGUACAUCCUCAGGAAGCACCUACGAACGAUAAUACAGUAUCAGACGGUGCGAUACGACACUUUGCCUCUGUCACCCAUCUCCAGAAACAGACUCAAUGCAGUAAAGCGGAAGAUUCUAGUUCUGGAUCUGGAUGAGACACUGAUCCACUCUCACCAUGACGGGGUCCUAAGGCCCACAGUGAGGCCUGGCACACCACCAGACUUCAUCCUUAAAGUUGUCAUUGAUAAGCACCCAGUCAGAUUCUUCGUACAUAAAAGGCCACAUGUGGACUUCUUUUUAGAAGUGGUGAGCCAGUGGUAUGAGCUAGUGGUUUUCACAGCCAGUAUGGAGAUCUAUGGCUCAGCAGUGGCAGACAAGCUGGACAACAACAGGAACAUUCUGAAACGCCGAUACUACAGACAGCACUGUACAUUGGAUCUAGGUAGUUAUAUUAAAGAUCUGUCUGUAGUACACGAUGACCUGUCCAGUAUUGUUAUCCUGGACAACUCACCUGGUGCUUAUCGUAGCCAUCCAGACAAUGCAAUACCCAUCAAGUCCUGGUUCAGCGACCCUAGUGACACAGCACUUCUUAACUUGCUGCCUAUGCUGGAUGCACUAAGGUUCACUGCUGAUGUCCGCUCCGUCCUCAGUCGAAACCUCCACCAGCACCGACUCUGGUGAUUGGCUGAAUUGAGAGGAACGGGGCUUGUUGAUCAGCCUUUUCCUCUCAGCCAGCUUCCAUCCUGCCCUCCAUUCCCACCCAGACGACCCACCAGCCCUCUCUGAGCCUCUCAGACGUGUCCUGAGGAGAUGAGGGUUGGGGUGACCGCCUAACAUGGGAUGAACAGUACGGGAUCACCAGAACCCAGAAAGUACUGGGGAGGGAGAGGGAGCCAGCUUGUUUUUUGUUUUGUUUUGGUUUUUUUUGUUUGUUUUUUCCUUCUUGAGUCUUUAUUUGUAUUUUUUUCGAAAACAAAAUGGAGCCUCUCUGCCUUAUCGCUCCUGAUACUGACUGUGUAUGUAUGGAGGUGAGCUUGUGUACAUGAGUCGGAGUAUGCUCGCUGAGUUCAUUUGUCCUUUUUAAACUUUUUUGAAGAUUGGAUUGUGGGAAAGAGGAGGAUCAGCAAAGCAACAAAGACAAAUUCUGCAUUAUUUCUUCUUCUCCAUUGCCACCAGACAUUGCACUUCAGCGGACAACUUUAGUAAUUUACGGUCUUAGCCUCUCGGAGCAACACAGUAGGGGAAACUAGAAAAUCGCCCCUUUUUAGAUCAACUUCAUACCCAAGCGGUGAUUCAUUGAUUCCUGAGGUACGUUUUCUUUUCCCCAGCACGAAUGGAUCAAUAUACAUGAUGUAAUUGAUGGACCUUUGCUUGCAACAUACCAUCUACAGGCAUUUUUCUGGACAGAUCUUUUUUUUCCAGCCAGAACCAUCACUUUUUCCCAAAAACCCUUAAUGGGACUCAGUGAUAAAGACUUGACUUCAAAGUUUUGAGAAAAAAAGAAUGGCUUGUAACGACAUGUGGAUUGCCGUGCCGCCUUUCCAUAUCUGAUUGUUUCUUUGUUACCAUAAUAUAAGAUAAUAUGACUUCUGCAUACCAUGGCAUUUUGCUUUCCCUUUGCCAUUUGAUGCCAUCCUGAUUUCAUCUAAUAGGAAUUGCACUUAAUUUUUCCUCCUUCUGUUUUUUGUUGCAGUCGGUUUUGUAUUUGAUUCAAAUUUGCAGCAUUCCCCCUUUUUUGUUUCUACCCACUCCCCUCACUGUAUGGGUUCAACUAUUAGACCCUUCAUCUUUAAAUGCCUUCUGAACAAUGUCAGUCUUGUCAAGGCUCACAGCGGCUUCUUAUUGGCUCUGUCUCCAGGUCUGUGUUACUAAUAAAACACUCGUCAGUAUCGA